GUCCAUCAUGCAGUGGCAUGCGAACAGGAAGGCAAGAUGUUGUGGUAAAGACUAAAAAAUCUAAAGAUAUUUUACAAACAUUCCUGACUUCGAACUUUCAGGCAUCUCUGCCGACACCAAGCUUGGGGAUUCAUUAAAGAGUGGACGCCAUGGCUGACGAAUCGGGGGACGUAGAGGCCGAUGUUCUGGCCCUUGUUAAGGCGACUGUUCGUCAGGAAAUGGACUUGGAUUUUGCCAAGAAAGUGAAAGUAGAAUACAAAGGAGAAAGGACAGAGACACGAAUUUUGGCCUUAUCAGCCUACCGGGUGUACAUAGUGAGCAACAGCAAGACAGCUCCAAAGAUUGAAUCCAGUUUUCAUAUCCUGGCAAUUCAAACAAUAGAGAGUCUAAAGCCUCUCCUGUGCAACAUAACUGCAGCAGAAAAGUUGUAUAACAUUAAAGUAUUCCAACCAAAAGACUGUAUAGAGAUCAUAGCAAACAUCCAGGCAGCACUCAAGUCUUCUUUUCCUGCUGGAAACCCUGAUCGUUUCAGGCUCUCACUUGGACCAUCGGAAGAAAUAGAGACCAGAUUAAUGAAAAUAAACAAUCUUGUCAACACAUUACGAAACACUGAAGCUGAUGCUGAGUUUGGACCUUGUGGUGGAUUUUCUAAAGUCUAUGCUUGUAUGUGUAAUUACUAUGGAACACAAUACCUAGAAGAAGUUGCUUGGGAUGUUGAUACAAUCUAUUUGUCACAUGACACUAAAGAAUUUAACCUUCAGGAUUUUGAUCAUCUUGACCAAAAGGAUUUGAUUCCAAUUAUUUCUGUUCUUGAGUAUAACUCCUGGUUCACCAAACUUGUCUGCAGAUCAUUCAAACUGAACUCAGAUGUUGGUGAAAUCAUCAUUAGAAUUAUCAAGAAAUCUACAACACUUGAGGAAUUGGUGCUUGAUGGAGUUAGUCUGGGAAAGGAAUACUUUCAAAAAGUUGCAUUGGCUUUGACAUCAAACCCCAAGACAGCCCUAAACACUUUUGAUUUCCCUAACAAUGCCAUGGAAGAUAGAGGUCUUAGUCAUCUGACAGGAGUGUUGAACAAACUGCAGUGUAUAGUGUCUCUAUCAUUGAAUGAUAACAACCUGACCGGAAAAAGUGUCCAAUCUCUGGGGAAUGCAUUGAAGGCUAACAAACAUGCACAGAACACGUUAAAAAGAUUAAAUCUUUCUAAGAAUCCACUGAAACCUGAGGGAAUAACAGCUCUUUCUGAAUUCCUUGCGCAACCUAAUGCCCUAACACACUUGGAUCUGUCCUACACUGACAUCUCUCUGGAUCUGCUGUUUGGAGCAUUAAUGAGGGGAUGUGUACAAAACCUGAUGCAUCUGAAUCUUGCUGGAAACAACUUCACAGCAAGGAAAAAGGAAAUCACUAUACAGCAAUCCUUCCAGCAGCCUGGCACUGGACGACAAGUGUACAUCAAGUUUUUCAGCCUUGCUCAAGAUUUGAAGUUUGUAGACUUGUCUAACUGUAAACUCCCAGCAGAGUCAAUAAGGCCUUUAUUAACUGGUUUUGCAGAAAAUGCUGUGAUUUCAGAUGUGGAACUUGACAUUAGCAAGAAUGAGCUCAARAGCAGUGGAGCUAAAGCAUUGUCAGAAUGUUUACACAAGAUAAAGAAUGUCAGGAAACUGAAUAUCAGUGAUAAUGGAUUUGAAGGAGAUUUUGUUAAUGUGAUMGAAAGCUUGGGUAAAAAUGAAUCCAUUCAAGAACUACACGUGGGACAGAACUUCAAAUAUAGGGUUUCCAAUGUUGGAAUCGAGGCCUUGGUACAACUCAUUUCAGAAGAAAACUCGCACAUUCAUUACUUAUCGCUGGCUGAUUCUAAACUCAAACAAGACCUCAUCCCUCUACUUGAUGCAUUAGGGACUAAUGAGACACUCACCACUCUGGACAUCAGUGGUAAUGGCAUUGGAGACGAUGGUGCUCGUAUACUCGCCAAAGCAUUACAACUUAACUCAAAACUCAGAACUCUCAUAUUGGAUAGAAAUGGUAUAACUCAUCGAGGGUAUGGUGAUAUCGCUGCUGCUCUUGAAAGGAACCAUACUCUACACUCUAUCCCCUUCCCUCUUCACGAUGCGUCACAGUGUCUUAAAGCCCAAGGUGUGUCAAAGUGUGAACAACACCUUAGAAAGAUCGAACAAAUCCUACUGCGAAACCAGUCUCCACAUAAGAUAGUACCUGAACAAGCAUACAGGUUACAGCAAGGAUUGUUAGUCGCCUCGACCCAACAGCAGGCUGUUGAUCGUCUGAUAGUUCAAAUACAAGAAAACAUUCACGCGCUACGAACAUCUGAGGAUGAGAAGAUCCAAAAAGAAAUCUCCAUCGCUAAACAGUACAUACAGGACGCUGAUAAGCUGAAACAACUGCUUCUCAAGUUUCAUUUGUGCACCGACGACAGUGAUAUCGAGGAAGAAUUUACUCAGUUAUCCGUUAAGUUUUACCAAGCCUCACAGGACAAAAUGAAGGAAAAUGUGGAGAAGAUGUUGUCAUGUGCACGUGAAGUAUGUCCCUACAUUACAUCUAAAGAGGAUGUCCAAAGCAGCUUGACAACGGUUACCACUAGCAACCAACGGCUCAGCCAAACGUUUGUUGAAGAAGUGAUCUUAACCCACGCMGCUUCCACCAUUAUAAAUAGAAUAAGUGAGGACAAGCUGACAUUAGCGUCGAUAAUAGCCGAUACCAUUAUGGAUAUGGUGAUACGACACAUGGAGACAUGUAAUGUGAAUCUGGAACUUCUCCUGAAGGGCUAUCGCCAGAAACAGGCCCUGAACGAUGAAUGUGACCAGGGACCGGAAAAAGAAACUGAUGAUGCAGCUGUCGCUGCAAGAAAAGCAAAGAAUCGGCUUAGUUCGGCUUUACUYGUUGCUGGCGACAAUACCGAGGAAGUUCCAAGGAGUCGCAAGAGAAGACCUACGGUUAGUCGUCAGAAACCAAAGAACAGUAUCUCGGAGGAAAACCUUGAGGAAAAAGAAGAAGUUCAUAAAGAUGCUGACGUGAAAAAGUUUGAAGAAGUGAGCGUUGUUAUUGCCAAGAAAGAGAAAGGUUCGCCAAUGGUGACGAAGAAAGGCAAGGCUCCAACGCCGCCGAAAAUUUCGGUAGAGUUCGACCUAAAUGCAGURGAGAAGAAAGAUGGUGGGCUCAACCACCUUGGGAAAGACCGACCACGCCCUGCUCAGGGACGGCGACUUCCUACUCGACCGUCUAACCGACCACAGGUGACCAAUGGAAUAACUAAGGAGAAAAAUGAGGACGAGGAUAACAGUAUUGAUCAUUUCUGGGAAACGCCUCCUCCUGAAAAUGAGCCAAAAGCCAAGCCAAAGAAGGAAGCCAAACCUCCAGCUAAGACACCACCCAGACCUGCACCUAAACCAGCUCCUAAACCCAAGCCUGUAGUCAAGAACACAGAGGAAAACGAACAGACGACAUCAGAAAAGGACGAUAAGGAAUCCAAAAAGGCUGGAUGGAUUCCCAAAGGUGGCAUAAGUCUGCCAGGGUUCUUCAAGAAGAAACGAACCAGUUCAGGAACAGAAGGAAGUAACGAUGGUAUGAGAAGCCAAUGGUUUACAACAUCCAGUACCACAGACGCUAAACCCGAAAUAAGCCCCUCUGUGCCUUACUCAGCAACAGCAAAAAAGACGUCCCCAACUACUGCGAAGGCAAAAGAAGCCAAGAAACCACCACCCCCAAAACCUGCGCCUCCCAAAGACCGACCAACCUCCGUCAUCCCACCCAAACCGCCCGUCAAACCUCGUGACCGCUUGGCCACAGCACCAGGUUCCCGUCCAAUUGCACGAGAAAGGACUAAUCCCACGACUGAAGGUGACAACAAGGCUGCUGAUAAAGAAGCGGAGAAGGAAGCGGAGAAGGAAGAACAAGUCCAGGAAAAGCCAAAGUUUGGUCCACCGAAGUUUGGUAUUGGUAUUGGGGGUAUGGCUGGAGGUGGGCUGCUGGCUGAGAUGAAGAUGAGACAAGAAAGAACUAGCAGUUUUGGAAAGGUUCCUCCAGAAACGGUACCAAAACCGGCCAGACGGCCUUCUGCGGAAAAGGGUUCAGAACCACGAAUUACGCGUAAGACGUCAAACGAAGAUUUGGCGCCCGUCCCUCGUCCCAGGGUCCCCACGGCCGAACGUGAACCGGGGAAAAUUAACAAGGAGGGACUGGUGAGACCGUCCUAUAUAAAAAGGCCAGAGGUAACACCACCAAAACCACAAGUCAAACCUAGAGAAAAACAGGAAGAAACGGAAAAGAAAGAGAAAACAGAAGAUGAGAAAAAGAAAGAGGAAUCCAAAAAGGAGGAGCCCGCGAAAGCUGCGCCAGAGGAGAGCGUAGACGCAGGAAAACGUGAAGAAAAAACAGAAGCUAAAGAAGAGAAACUUAAGCUAAAGGUCAAGCCAGAUGCUGCAGAUGCAGAUUUAUGGGUUAAACGUGACGCUCCAAGUCCCAAACGAAGUCCUAAAUCAAACCGUCCAGCAUCUCCACCACCACUUGACGCAGAUAAAACAUCCAAGACACCCACUGAAAAGACCCCAAGGACCCCAACAGACCACGCUCCAAUGUCACCCUUGACUCGUGCAGCAACGCUACCCAAGCCUUGGUCACCUAGUGCCUUAAGUACAAACCGCUCUAUUCCGAGAACGUAUAGCUUUGAUAGUGAUCGAAAGACAGACGAGAAAGUUAAUGUCGAGAAAAAGGAAGAGACGGAGGAAGAGAAAUCGAAAGAUGUGGUAGAAACUGAAAGGAAUGGUGAUAUAAAAGAUGAAAAGAAAGAAAAUAAGGAAGAAGAAAAGGUGUCUGAAUCACGCCAUACGAGUGUUUCUCCAUUUCACCUGCCGUCCAGAAAAGGAUCUUCAAAAGAAACCAGCAAUGAAAAAGUCAUUCCCUUCACCACAGAGGACAAGUUAGAAAAUGAAAAACACGACGAUCAAAUGGACGAGAAGUUAACGAAGGCCGAAAGCCCAAAGAUAACGAAAACGACGGAGAAGACUACAGUGAGUUUGGCAGAAGAGGUAAAGAGCCAUCCUCUUGAAGACGGCGAAUCUGAUCCGUUGCACAAGGAUUCUUUGUCCGUCAGCUCAGAAAGUGAUAAUGAGACGAAAAAAGAACGACCACUAUCGACACACAGUGAUAACACCUUGCUAUGAUGAAGGGAAUCCUCUGCUUUCUUGGCCUAGGAUACCUUUACUAGUUGGACGGACUUUGUAUAAAUUCCUUUCAUUUUUUCGUGAACAUCAGGCGUCAUUAUGAAGCGUUAUACGCUUAAUUAUUUGAAAAUUACCAGUUAUAGGAAACAUGUAUACGAGUGAAAUAUUUCAAUGCUUGCAUCUUCAAAAUGAAAAAAAAAGAGAGAAAUCAGUUGCAAGAUACUUUCGUGGCAAUUGCUUGGCAUCAAUUGACGUCAUUUAUGGUCUUGCGCGCGGUUUUUAUCAGAUGAAGGUGGUUGUUGCAUUAAUUAGAUAUUGAUAAUGAGUAGAUGCAUGCAAUGUAUUCAUCCAAUUGAUUCCAAGCAAUGCCUAAAAAUCCGGCUGAGCGUAGCAGAAAGAAUAUAACGAAAUUAGGUCGCAUGUUAGCAUCACGGUAACCAUGGAGACGAAAAUAAUAUUUUUCCAAAAAUACAAUAAUCAAUUAACGUAGAAAAAGAAAAAAAAAUCGUGCUUUUUUUCUCAAAAGUUGCGUUUGCAUUCAGCACUAAAGCUUAAAGCAUAUUUUUGACAUUUUUGUUAGUAAUACUGUAGGAAACAAAAAAUGUACUCCAGUUUUGAGUUUUUAUUUUGCUCAUGGGUUAACCUCUGUUCUGUGUUUGUGGAAAUUCAAAAUAUAUUAUUGAUUUUUGUGAAUAACUUGCACGGAAAUGAGGCUAACCCAGAGUAUGUAGUCAAGAGACAGCGGUAUUCCACGAAUAAAAAGGUCUAUUUUGUAAUAUUGAUAACAGUGCACACUUGAGCCUUCCGAUGGUCUUUAGCUGUAGAGUUUAGGCACAGAGUUUUGUAAAAAAACUGAUUCUCCUUCCCACAGCCCACGUUCCUUUUCGUCGCUGACAAGAGACGAAAGACUGGGUAAAUUCAACAGUUACUGUUUUCUGAUUGGCUAAUAGAACAAUGAGAUGUAUCACAUAAGAGUCUUUCGUUUAUCUACAACAAACCAAAAGGAACGUGGGCUCACCUAACGCGAUUGUGCCUAGGUGACAAUGGUCAGUGUUCCUAAAUUCUGACUGGAUGGGCUGCGCGUAAUGUUAGCAUCAUUUAAAUAUUAAUGUUAAAUAAAUCAAGUUUUAAACAA